AUGACGAAAGGAACGUCAUCCUUUGGAAAGCCUCCCAAUAAGACACACACGUUGUGCUGCCGCUGUGGCUCUAAGGCCUGCCACCUUCAGAAGUCCAUGAGAAAGUAUAACUGGAGUGCCAAGGCUAAGAGGCAAAACACUACUGGGACUGGGCGGAUGAGGCACCUAAAAAUUGUCUAUCGAAGAUUCAGACAUGGAUUCCGUGAAGGGACAACACCUAAACCCAAGAGGGCGGCUGUUGCAGCAUCCAGUUCAUCUUAAAGA